CGCUGAUUGGCUGAAGUCUGCCGGUUUGAAAGCGUGUUGGUGCCUUUUCUACAUCCUGUCCCUUUUGUAGAAAUAAAAGAAAUUAAUUCCGCUUGUACUUCGAACGAUGAGGUUAUUCCGGGAUUUCCGAGAUCACAUCUUUAUGAAGCUCUUUCUGCUGCUUUACAUCUUGUUGCAAUGCGAGGGUCGUGAGUCGGAGUUCAGUUACGUUACCUGCGGGUCCCUGGUAAAAUUACUUAACACAAGACACAACGUGAGAUUGCAUUCCCACGAUGUCAAAUACGGUUCAGGUAGCGGUCAGCAGUCGGUGACUGGAGUUGAAAACUCGGACGACGCCAACAGCUACUGGCGCAUCCGGGGCAAGCCCAACGCCCCCUGCCAGCGAGGGGCGCCCGUCAAGUGUGGCCAGCCCAUCCGCCUCACUCACAUGAACACGGGCCGCAACCUCCACACGCAUCACUUCGUCUCGCCGCUGUCCGCAAACCAGGAGGUGAGCGCCUUCGGGGAGAACGGGGAAGGGGACGACCUGGACGUGUGGGCGGUGCAGUGCAGCGGGGCGCACUGGGAGCGGGACGACGCGGUGCGCUUCAAGCACGUGGGCACCGACGUCUUCCUGAGCGUCACCGGCGAGCAGUACGGGCACCCCAUCAAGGGGCAGAGGGAGGUCCACGGCAUGGCCGGCACCAGCCACCACGCCUACUGGAAGACCAUGGAGGGCGUCUUCAUCAAGCCCAGCUCCGAGCCCCCGCGGCACGACGAGCUCUGACCCCUGCCUGGGCAGGGAAGUCCCUUGGGCUUGGGUUUUUUUACUUUGGUUUUGUUUUUUCUAAUGCAAUCAGAAUGUUUCCCAAACCCCCCCCUUCCCUUGUUCUCUGGUUCAGGUGUAGCUGUGAGCAACGCAAACCCCAACCCCAGGCCAGUUUUGCAGAAAACCCCAUUGCCUCCCCCGUGUGCACAUUGCACUUCUCUCAAAAUUCUGUCGACGACUUAGGGCGUUAGGACUCUGAAAUGUAUCUCUGCCUCAUUUCUACUGGGUCGUGUGCGAUCAUGGAUGUACGAAAGGCCAGUUUUUCCCAAUGCUCUUACCCCCUAAGCAGAAUUCCAAGGAGACUCCCUUUGCUUCCCACCUCGACUUGACAAUACAGGAUUCCUCUUCCUUUGGAACCUGUUAUUGUCACCCUUUGUCACCGCUGGGGAUGAAUAGCUGAAAAACCCAAAAUACUGUAAUAAACUUUCGAUUUUGUACUGUUUUGUUUCCUAUGUAAAUACUGUUUUCUUUCCUCUUUUGUGUGCGUCAGAAACCAGACUGACCAUCUUCAGCUGCUGAGUUUGUAUACGAGUAGGUGUGCUUAUUUAUUGGACGGCUGAGCCCUAGAUCACCUACACCGAUCCACCUGGCGUAAAUGAGACACCCCGUAUUUGGGUGUAUCAGUCUCCACUGGGAAGAAGGACAAAGUGGCCGAUUAGAAUCCUACAUCUAGGGCUAAGGGUGUGCAGUCUUGAGCUGGCCAGUGUGAAUGGAUGUCUGUUGAAUCAGAGCUGAAUUUUGUUCUUCACUGCAGUUGGUGGUGGUUAGUGCCUACAGGGGGAACCAGCUACUGGCAACUUAAGAAAACAUGGUUGUUGCUGCUCUGUAACUUGACUAUGUUUCAGCCGUCUCAAGGAAGACUAACCCUUGACUGUCGAGCUGCUGUUUCCUUGCCUUUCACCCCCUUGCACGAGAGAGGUUGUAGUGAAGCUGUCAGAGCCUUCCACGUGAGCAUUGGAUUAAAGAUCUCGGCUGAAAACC